AGAGUUGAGUUGUUUCUAAGAUGGCGACGAAAAAAACGCGUCUUCUUAUGUGAAAAAUGCAAUCAUAACAACUCGAGUUUUCAGCUAAUAAAUGUGCGCUAAUUUGAAACAGGACCAUUGAAAAACAGUGCUAAGCGUGUGCCGAGUGUUUUACAUGUGAAAGUUUUGGUGCGGAAGCGUAGUGAAAAUGGCCACAAAUAUGUAUCGAGUCGGAGACUAUGUUUACGUUGAGACAACGCCGAACAGUCCCUACUUGAUACGACGCAUCGAGGAGCUGAACAAAAACCAAACCGGCAAUGUGGAGGCGAAGGUCAUGUGCUUCUACCGCCGCCGGGAUCUGCCCAAUCCGCUCGUGCAAUUGGCCGACAAGCACCAACUGGCCACCGCCGAGGACUCACCGUUGGCGACCAAGCUGAAGAAGACCUGGCUCCGCACACCCGUUGGCGAGGAGCAGGCGGCGCAGGCUGUGCUCGACCCCUCAAUAGCUGCCCUGGAUGAGGAGAGAACCAGUCCGACGCAAGCGUCCGGCGGAGCAGGCUCAGCGACGGGCAAUGCCGGCAGCAACAGCAGUGGCAGCAGCAACAACAACAGCGGCAGCGCGGCCAGUGGAGGAGGAGCAGGUGGCACCGGAGGAGCAGGAGGCGAUGCGGAGAAGGGCGAGGCGUUGACCAGCAAGCAGCGCUACCAGAUCAAGCACCGCGAGCUGUUUCUGUCCCGCCAAGUCGAGUCGAUACCCGCCACACAGAUCCGAGGCAAGUGCUCUGUGACGCUGCUCAACGAGACGGAGUCCCUGCAGAGCUAUCUCAAUAAAGACGACACGUUCUUUUACUGUCUGGUGUUUGAUCCGAAUCAGAAGACGCUGCUCGCCGACAAGGGCGAGAUCCGGGUCGGCAGUCGCUACCAGUGUGAUAUACCCGCCAAGCUCAAGGACACCGCCACCGACGAGCGCAAACUGGAGGAACUGGAGUCGCUGGUGUGGACACCGGAGCACAGCCUGACCGACCGCAAGAUCGACCAGUUCCUCGUCGUCUCGCGCUCCAUCGGCACGUUCGCCCGCGCCCUCGAUUGCAGCAGUUCGGUGAAGCAGCCCUCCCUACACAUGUCCGCAGCGGCAGCCAGCAGAGAUAUCACCCUGUUUCACGCAAUGAACAUUCUGCACAAGCACGAGUACUCGAUUGAGGAGUCCAUGUCAUCGCUAGUUCCUUCUACUGGGCCGGUGCUCUGCCGCGAUGAAAUCGAGGACUGGAGCGCAUCGGAGGCGAAUCUCUUCGAAGAGGCGCUGGAGAAAUAUGGCAAAGACUUUAAUGACAUUCGACAAGAUUUCCUGCCUUGGAAAACGCUGAAACAAAUCAUCGAGUACUACUACAUGUGGAAGACCACCGAUCGCUACGUGCAGCAGAAGCGCGUGAAGGCCGUUGAGGCGGAGCUGAAGCUCAAGCAGGUCUACAUACCGCAAUAUAACAACAAUGGAAAGGGCAACGGAUCAGCCGUAAAGGCGAGCGGAGGAAUCUAUAAUGGAACCACAAACGGGAGCACCGAUCUGUCCAAUAAUGGCAAACCCUGCGAGUCGUGCGGUACAACAAAAUCAUCACAGUGGAACUCGGUCAACAGUGGGCACAGUACGUGUCGUCUGUGCCAGAGCUGCUGGGAGUACUGGCGUAGGUACGGCAGUAUGAAGUCGGCGACCAAGGGAGAUGGCGGCGAUAGCGAGGCCAAGAAGAAGGCAUCAGCAGCUGCGUCGACGCCGACCGCCACGUCAGCGGGAACAGGAUCAGCCACAACGCCAACGGCUGUGGUCGAUCUCAAUGACGACGACAAAAUCAGUGAUCUAACCAAUCGUCAGUUGCACAGAUGUUCUAUUGUCAAUUGUGGCAAGGAGUUCAAGCUCAAGACCCACCUGGCCCGCCACUAUGCGCAAGCGCACGGCAUCGCUAUCAGCUCUGGAUCGCCGCGACCCAUUAUGAAGACGCGCACUGCCUUCUACUUGCACACAAAUCCCAUGACCCGGGUGGCGCGCGCCAUUUGUCGCAGCAUCGUCAAGCCGAAGAAGGCGGCGCGACAGAGUGCGUACGCCAUCAACGCUCUGCUGGUGAAACAAGAAUUUACAAACCGUAUUAGUGGAAAGUCGCAGGCGGAAAUCAAGAAGUUGCUUUUGCUGAAGCCCAAGGACCGGGGUAGUGUCACCAAGAUUGCCAACCGCCUAGGCGCGCCGGGCAGCGGACCACAUGAAUGGCUCAUACUAACGCCCAAGGACAAAAUGCCGCUGCCGGCGGUCGUCUCGUUUCCCAAGCCCCCGAAAGCGGCCGACGGCAGCUUGGUCUACGACCGAGUGCCCAAUAAGUCCCCCGACGUUGUGGCCGUGCCGGCUGAAAAGGAGCUCACAAUAAUUCCAACGCAAGCAACGUCGACGAUACGAAAGCGAGCACACGAGGAGCAGCAGCUAAAUGGCACUGAAGUUACUAUAGUUCCCAGCGGACCUCCUGCCAAGCGGCCGAAUAAGGAUCCCAUGCCCUCGCAUUGCCCCAGUCCCGAACAGUUUGCGGCUAUGAUGGCGGCAUCUGGACAACCCCUCUCCAGGCAUCAUCUCAAUGGUAAACAGAAGAUUGCGCAGAUGGCCCGCGGUGGCAACGGACGCAAGCAGGUCAUCAGUUGGAUGGAUGCUCCGGACGAUGUUUACUUUAGGGCUAACGAUACACACAAAAAAACGCGAAAAAUACUCUCCGCCGUAGACCUGCGUCGCGCCGCGCGCAAACCAUGGCGCACACUGCCCAUCAAGCCUGCGGCGCCCGAGCCGAGUAGCAGGCCCAUUGAAUCACAAAUCGUUAUACUGGACUGACCGUCGCCGGCAAACACAUUACCAGCAUCAGCAUCAGCAUCAGCACCAUCUGCAGCCGUAGCAGCAUCGGCAACCAAGUUGUUAUCGUCUUCAGCAAACAGAUUCGAGCAGCAACAUCCUCCAUUUCCAUACACCAUGGAUGCACUGCUCAACUAGUGAGCGUUCUCUGGUUUGACGGGCUUGCCAUGUACAUACCCCCGCAGCGUAAAGGCACACAGACACACCGUGUGGACAGGCAUUCGACUUAGGAUCAGUGUAGUUACAGCAUCACUGUAUGACAACAGCAACCGAUAGCAACCACAAACCACUUUAUUAGCGCUUAAAUAGAUGUCUUUUUAAAAACAAAUAGUAAGAUAAUAAGUGUUAAGGUCUGUAGCAACAGUAACAGAACGCGAAACAACAAAAUAUUUAUAAAUAUUUUAUAUAUUUUUUAAAUUUAAAAUCUCAACACACCGAAUGCAAACACACAUCUGCCUGCACUUUCGCCAAGGAAGUGUGGGCUUAAUGCAUGAAACUCAAAAGUUCGUUAAUUCGUUUAGUACACAACGCAUUUGCAAUGGUUUUUUUAAUAUAUGUGCAUGUGAGUUCUUGAGAUGUUCUGUCGUACUUUCAAACCGCGCUUCAAAGUUCCACGUUUAAUUUCCUAAGCCUAAACCUAGCUAAGAACCAGAUACGUAAUUAUGAAAUUAAAGAGCCUCCAAAAGUUUUAAAUAGUUUUCUGUCCAGACUUGAAUUGUGUAUGCAUAUAAAAACCGAAAGAUAUAUUUGUAAUUGUUUGAAUGCUUUACAUUGAUGAGUGAAAAAAUUUAAUAUUGUUAAAAAAUGUGACGUGCAAAAUUAAGUAAUUAAAGCCCCAUAAUUUAUGCUGUAACUAAUAACGGAAAACUUCAAAAACAAAAUGUACAGUAAAAAUCUAAAACGUAAAAAUUCGAAUAAAAUGUAUUUUCAUAAUUUAUGUAAACAAGAGAAAGUUCGGUCAUUUAGAGAGCUAUCACACACACGCCUACACCCAACCGACACCCACAUAUAGCAUAUUAUUUACGCAUAUAAAUUAGUACGAAUCUAAGCCGCAUAUACAUUUAAAAAUGUAUGAAUUACAAGAUGACAGCGUCGCAGAUAGCAAAGAAUGCCUAGACCCUAGUGGUAGAGCAGCAGGGCAAGCUGAAACCAGCAGAACAUAAACAGAAAACCAAUAAAAUUAAAUGAUUAUGAAGAAGUUUCGAUUGUAAGCCAACAUACUUUUAACUUUACGACCUAAGCAAUUUUGUAAAAUAAAAACACUUCAAAUUAAA